GCCACGAUGUUUGAGUUUGUUAAGUUCUGAAUGCUUAAAUCUACUGAAUUCUUAACAAAUAUUCUUGUGAGCUAUUGAUUUGAGCGACGAUACUAGCAUUUAGAUUUGUUGUGUGACAUAAAGUUAAAAAAAAGUUUAGCUUAAUCUUCAACAUAAACUCUUUAAGGUUUAUUUCAAACAAGUUAUGCCGAAUUCAGGCAAGUUUACUCGGCGCACUUUGGUGGAGGACAUACGAGACAUAUUGAGAAAGUAUCCAUGUGAUGCUCAAAUAUUUAAAGAGAUAAUACAGAAUGGAGAAGAUGCAGGUGCAUCAAAAAUAACUUUUGUGUACGAUGAAAAUACAUAUACUGAACAAAAUAAUUUUAGCAUUGCUGGUUUAAAAGAUUACCAAGGACCUUCAUUGUAUGUGUAUAACAAUGCUAAGUUUACAGAAAAAGACUGGGAUGGAAUUAGUUCUUUGGGAAUAAGCUGUAAAGAAAAAGAAGUUUUAAAAGUUGGAAAAUUUGGAUUAGGCUUUAAAUCAGUAUUCCAUUUAACAGAUUUUCCUAUGGUAAUGAGUGGUACAAAGUUCAUGUUCCUUGAUCCUAUGGUCUGUACAUUGAACAGCGAAGUUCUUGAGUUUGAUUUUCAAAAUAACGAAGAUCGAUUGAUAUUUCAAAAUCAUACUGAUUUUGAGUUGUUCAAAAGGUUAUUUCAAAUUAAAGAGAAUGGUGUAAACGGAACUUUAUUUCGCUUUCCUUUGAGACAAAAAAAAUCAGAUUUAUCUGAGUUUUGCUAUAAUAAUGGUCAACUAAAUGAAUUGAUUAAAUCACUUAAAGAUAAUGGUUACUUGAAUUUAUUGUUUUUAAAGAGUGUAAAACAUAUAGAGUUAUGUCGUAUUACAAAAGGAAGCAAUAAAAAAGUAGUUGAAUAUUCAAUUGCAUUGACAGAAGAUUGCAUUAAAAAGUAUGGUAAUUCAAAAAUGCAGUUUAUUGAUAAAAUUAAAAAACAGCUUCAAUCUCCUAGUUGCUCUGAAGUAACUAAUGACUAUGAAGUGAACAUUAUAGAGAAAGAAAUAAAUACACCUGAAAUUAACUAUUGCUAUUUUGUAAGUGAAUACUAUAGCGCUGCUUCAUCAGAUUUCAAUAAUCUUCAAAGCCUUAACCUUUUACCACUGGUAACAGUAGCAUACCCUAAAAAUGAUCAAUAUCUAGAUGAUGUUGGAGGACAUAUUUUUUGCGUUUUACCAUUGCCUAUGUGGCAAAAAGGUAUCACAGGUUUACCUGUGCAUGUGAAUGGUUUCUUUGCACUUAGUGAAGAUAGGCGUGAUUUAAAAUGGCCAACAGAUCCUAAAAAUAUAAACAAAGACCAGCAAGUUCUUUGGAAUAACUUCCUUAUAACAAAAUUGCUGCCUCAUGCUUAUAGUAACUUGAUGAAAUAUUUAAUUCAAAUGAACUCAAUUUCAGAUAUCGUGUAUGACUGCUGGCCAAAAAAAGAUGUAGUUGACAAGAAAUGGCAGCAACUCUUGAACCCUUUUUUUGAAAAGGUUUCUCACUUAAAAUGUUUUUAUUGCAGUUUUUGUAAAGAAUGGUUGUAUCCAUCAGAUUGUUAUAUUCUUAGACCAGAUUUAUUUUUAUCUGAAGAACAAAAAUUAUGUAUUAGAGGAUUUCUUGAGAUGUGUGGUGAAAAAGUUACUGUUGUUCCCAAUCAUGUUCAAUCAUACUUUAGCAGUCUUAAACUCAUCUCUAAGUCAUUAGUACAAACUACUCUUAAAAAAGACUUAGAUUUUUAUAAAUUUUGUAAAAGCUCUGAUAUGAUGCACAUUUUAGAGUUUAUCUUGACUGAUAUGUCAGAUGCUGAAAAGCUAUGUGAAAUACCUUUGUUACCAAUGCAUGAUGGAACAUUGGGUUCUAUAAAUUACAAGAGCAGUUCCAACAGUUCAAUUUUUAUUGCUACUGACAAUCAUCCAUUAGAGAUUUUUCCAUCCCAUCAGAAUUUUUUUAAUCAAAAGCUUCUAAAGGAAAACAAAACUUUAAUGAAGAUUUUUCAAUCUGUAGCUAAAACAGAGAAGUUUAACAUUACAGUAAUUGACAGUUGUCAGCAAGCUUUGGAUGUUAUAAAAGCAUUAUGUGAACAAAAUAAAUCUAGUUUUAAAAAAGUCGUAAUAAAUGAUUUUUAUCACAACUGGUACAAAUCUAUGUGGUCCUACAAAAAAAAUUAUAGAUUACCUUUAAAACAAUUUGAAGGAAUACCAGUGGUUUUAAUUAAACAACAAAUGGAAAUCUCAUUAAAUGUAUUAACUCAAAAAGACACAAAUAUUAUUGUGGAGUCUUUUGAAAAAUGCUUACUAACACCAGCCAUGAAAUUAUUUUUAGAUAAAUGUCAUGUUCCAUUAUUGUAUGCAGAUGACUUAGAUCAAAUUGAUAUUUUUGAACUAUGCUCAAAUAAUUUCAUUAUAAAACCUACGAAUCAAGGGUUUUUAACAUCCCUGAUAAAUCACUAUUUGCAAUCAAAGAUCGAUGUGUUGAAUUGCAUUUCAGAUGCACCAAUAGAGAUACGAAAGGUAAUUAGGGCUGGUAUGGAAAAAAUUUUAGAAAAUCCCUCCUUACUUAGUGAAAGUACAAAAUCAUUUGUUAAAAAAUUAAAAGUUUUUGAGAUUUUGCACCCUCCAGGUGAAUUUGUAUGUUUGGAUCAAAGUUCUUAUAUUGUUGAUAAAAAGCAUUUUAUACCUUUAAUGUCAUCGCUUGGAAAUUUUAUUGAUUCAGCAUCAGUCUCUUGCUCAAUCAUGAAUGCAUUAAAUCUUAAGCAGAUAUCAUUUAAUGAUAUUGUUUUUUUCUUGACAAAGAAUUUCCUAAGGUUUUCUUCAGAUCAGCAACAUCAACUCAAUGAGUUUCUAUUAGUUUGCCUAGAAAAGUUUGAACCAAGUAUAGAUGCAUUGAAUUUACUAAAAAAUCAAAUUUUUGUUGAAAGUGAUGGUAAGCUUUUAAAGCCUUCUUCUUUAUUUGAGAAAACAAGUGAUUUGGAGAAAAUGUUUUUUGGAGAAAUUAGCCGAUUUCCUAAUGACAGGUACAAUACCUCAGUACUAAAAAAACUAGGUUUAAAGUUGAAUUCAGAUUUAAGUUCUAAUGAUAUAGCUCAGAGCAUAAGUUUUAUUGACAAAACAAAUUUCAAACAAGAGGAUUUUUCAAAACUCAUCAACAAAAUAAAAAUUAUUUUACAAGAAAAAAACUUUAGCAUGUCAAAUUAUUUACAUUUAAAGUGGAUACCAAUAAAGCAAAGAUGUUUAGGAUCAUACCCUUUAUCUCUGCAAUGGUUCGGAACUGGAAAAUGUUUGGUAGAUUCUAGUAAUGUCUAUUUGGAUUCACAUGAGUGUUUGAUAGGAAGUGUUGCUUAUAUCAUACAUCCAAGCUUAUCAGAAACAUAUUCAAAAAUUUUUUGUAACAUAAAUCCAUCUUUAAACUUGAUAAUGCAGCAUUUAAAAAAUAUUGAAAUAAAUUACAAUGAUGAAGAAAAAGGUCUUUAUAAGCAAAAUAUACAAAUUGUUUACAAUUAUUUGCUCAGGUUUAACGUUAAUGAUGUUGUUAGUUUUUUUAAGAAACAUCAGAUGAAAAUCUGGAGUGGCUCUCAUUUUAUAGAUGUUAAUAAAGUGCUUUUUAAAAACAUGUCUCUUAACUACGAUGUAUCUCCUUAUUAUAAUCAAGUUAAAACUGUAAUUUCUGAUGUUAUUGAAAAUUAUAUUCUAUCAUUAGACACUUUUCCUAAAAAUGAGAUUGAUGUAUAUUUGAAUGUUCUCAAGCAAAUCAAAGAAAAACAUGACACAACAGAUAAAGAUACAUCCUUUGAUCUCAAUCUAUCAAUAAAUCUUGUGAAAUAUAUUGCAUUAAACUAUUCUUCAUUACCAAAGAAUAGUCAAGUGUUUGUACCAAUACAAAGUAGAAGACUGUGUCUCAAUUUAUUGUCAGAAUGCUAUUAUAAAAGUAGUGAUACAGGAGAUUCAAACACAACUUACAAUAUACUUCAUGAAUUAUUUAGUGAAGAUGAUGCCAAAAUGUUAAAUGUUCGUAAUUUAGUGAGUGUUAUUAUCUCCCCAACAACAUUUUCUUGCUUUCAGUCAUGGGGACAACAGGAACCGUUAACAACCAAACUUAAUCGAAUUUUAAAGCUGUACAAUGAUGGAUUUGCCAUAGCUAAAGAGUUUGUUCAAAAUGCAGAUGAUGCUGGAGCAAAAGUAGUCAAAUUUCUCUAUGACAAACGACAAAACAAAGAGUUAAAAAGCAAUUUAUUUGAUUCUGGCAUGAAGCAUUGGCAUGGGCCAGCGCUCUGGAUCUAUAAUAGUGCAGAAUUUACUGAGCAGGAUUUUGUUAACAUAACAAAAUUAAAUGCUGGAACCAAAGAAUUCGAUACUUCAAAGAUUGGUACUUUUGGACUGGGUUUUAAUUCAGUUUACCAUCUUACUGAUGUACCAAGUAUACUAAGUGGAAAUACUCUUGUUGUGUUUGAUCCUCAUACAGAAUAUCUUGGAAGAGCAAUACAUGAUAAAGGAGAACCUGGUAUAAAAAUGACACUAGUAGGGAAUUCCAACUGCUCUCAGUUUAGUAAUCAACUUAAAGUUUUUCAUGGAAUAUUUGAUUGUCAUCUUGACUUUGAUAGUGGAGAUGUUCAAACAUUUAAAGGAACUCUUUUUAGAAUACCUUUGCGUAGCAGUGAAACUGCUCCACUGAGUAAAAUAAGCCCGUUAGUUUAUUCUGAAAAUGAAAUGAAGUUGUUGUACCAAAAAAUUGAAGAACGAAUUAAGCAUUUGUUAAUGUUUACUGAAAAUGUUUCUGAAUUUGGUUUGUUUGAAAUAUCUAAUAAUGUAAAUAAAGUAUUAACUAUAUCAACUGUUAAGAAAAACAUUGAAGUAAUUCAUAGAUAUGGUGUAACAAAUGAAAUUUCAGUUAUGAAAGUUGGUACACAUAUGCUUCAAAAUAAUCUUAACUUUGAAAAUAUAGAUAUUCAAUUAAAAGUUUCAAUUGAUUCUGUUGUUAAAAAUAAGACAGAAAGAAAUGUUUAUCUUAUAAGUUCUUGUAUUGGUGGAGAGAACUCUUACGAGUAUGCCAAAAAAAACAAAGGACAAAAUUCUUGCGGAUCGAUAGCCGUUGAAAUUAGUGAACAGCAAGGAGAUAAAUUUGUUGCGAAUGCUGAUGGAGAUUUAUUUUGUUUCCUUCCUUUACCAAUUAAAAGUGGAUUGCCCGUUCAUGUUAAUGGUUUUUUUACUCUUUCUAGUGAUAGAAAACAUCUUCUAAUAACAACUCAUGAUGAUAAGUCUUAUGGGACAAAAGACUGGAACAAUAUUUUAGCUGAAGAUUUGUCUACACCAUAUAUAAAUCUUUUGCUUCAAUUAAAAAGAUUGAACUCAAAUUACACUUUAACUGAAUGGGCAAAAAUUAUCCCGUUUGGUGUAACAUAUAGUGCAAGAAACAGCUCUAUGCAAUGUUUAGUUAGGUCAUUUGGUAAAAAAAUGGUUGAAAAUGAAUUACAACUAUUCCCCUCUGGCAUUAACAAUGAAUGGAUUUCAUGGAAAUAUUUAAAAUUCUUGUCAAAUGAAAUUAGUUUUAGUAUAAGACAAGAAGUGUUAGCUUUUAUGAAUUGGUAUUAUUCAAUGAUGCAACCUAGACUUUAUGUUGUUGAUAUACCAGAGCAUGUUGUCAACUUGCUUUUAGAAUGUGGAAUUAGUGUAGAAUCUAACAAGAUAACAGUAAAAGCAUUUAUUAGGUUAUUUUUAGAUAAUCUUGGUCAUCCUCUGCUCGAUGAUGACUUAAGAAAUAAAAUCACAAUUUAUUUUAUUAAUAACAAUAUUGAUUGUCUUUACAAUUACAGAUGCUUACCUACAAAACCUAAUGGAAAGUUAAAGAUGUCAUCUGAGUGCGUUGCAGUAGAUAGCAAAGCUGCUUCUUUAUUUUUUUUAUAUGAUGAAGUAUUUGUGUUAGAUCAGUUUACACCUUCUCUAUCUAAGUUUAAGGAUAUUAAUUCUUAUAAUUUGUCAUGGCCAAUGAUUUUAUUAUGUGCAAGGUCUAUAUCUAGUAUGUCUGAUAUUGCAGAAAUUGUCAAACGCAGCAAGAUGUUAAUAGAGUUAAUGGAAUCUACCGAGACUGAUAAGUGUCCAAACAAUAUAAAAAAUGAACUUUUAAAAACAAAAUUUUUACCAUCUUAUGAAAAACCUGACUGGUGGCCGUUUAAUUCUCAUUAUGGAGAAUGUAAAAAAGUAGAAGCUCCUUACAAUAGUUUUGGAAAGAAUUGUCUUUAUUUGGCUAGUGUGACAAACCCAAUUUGUAAAUUUCAUAUAAAAAAAUCUUUGUUUAACUUUUUGGGCUUAAACAAGAUCCCUUCUUUUGAAACUGUGAAACAGCAGUUGAUGGAUUUAAAUUUAAAAUCUAAUAUUGUAUGCGAGCGUCUGCAAACAAUUCUAAAUGACAUAUAUAGCUAUUUAGAUAGCCAUGCUACUCCCAGUCAACUAAAGGAACUAAAUAAGUUGUGCAUAGUGUAUUCAGAAAACUGUAACCUAGUACUUCCUAGUUUGACAUUUAUUUGCUUUCCACUUGACAUCUCUCCAUAUAUAUUUAAAUUAUCAAAAAGUAUUUCAGGUAACAAUGUUCAAAAAAAUUUAAUGAUAAAAUUAGGAGUAAAGGAUAAACCAGAACUUGAAGACUAUUUAAAUAUUUUAUCAAGAAUAAAUGAAGAUUACAAAUUUGACUCUCUUCCUGAUCAGCUACUUAAAGCAAUAAAUCAAUUUAUCAUUUCUGAGUUAUUACCUUACAAAGAUUCAAUUAUUAGUGAGAAGCUAUACCUUCCUGAUACAAAUGGUAAACUGAGAAUAUCUACAGAGUUAUAUUUUAAAGAUGUUUUUUGGACUCCAGAUCAGCCAGGAAUAAACUACACUCAUGGUGAUAUUCCCCCUAAUCAUUGUAUUGCACUUGGUGUUAAACCAGCUAGACACAAAUAUUUUAACAUGAUGUCAAAAAGAAUAUGCUUUAAACAGUUUGGUCAGCAUGAAAAAUUGUCUGUCAGAUUAGCAAAACUUAUAAAAGGAUAUCGAAAUAGUGAAGACAUUUUAAAUGAGUUAUUGCAAAACGCUGAUGAUGCAGGGGCAACAGAAGUUACAUUUUUAUUAGACACAAGAACUCAUGGAACAGAAAAGGUUUUUUUUAAUGAAUGGAAAGAUCUUCAAGGACCUGCACUAUUAAUAUGCAACAAUGCAAUAUUUAAACAAAGCGAUUUGGAGGGUAUUCAGAAUUUAGGUGAAGGAACAAAAAGUAAAAAUGCUUUGCAAACCGGAAAAUAUGGAGUGGGAUUCAAUGCAGUGUACCAUAUUACAGAUUGUCCAAUGUUGCUUACACCUAUUGCAGAUAGUAAAGAUGUUUUGUGUGUAUUUGAUCCAAAUCUGAAGUAUGUUGUUAAUGCAACUGAACAGUUUCCAGGAACUCUGAUUGAAGAUGCAAGACAGGUCAUUGAAACUUAUAGUGAUGUUAAAAAGGCAUUUUUAAUUGAUGAAUUUAAUUCUAAAGGUAUGACUUUGUUCAGACUUCCCUUAAGAAAUAAAAAGAUGGCUGAAGUUUCUGAAAUAUCAAAAACAGAGGUAAAUAAUGAUUAUAUUAGCGAUUUAUUUAGUAAAUUUGAAAAACAUUCUUCCAUUGUUCUGCUUUUCCUUAAAAGUGUGCGUAAGUUGACAUUUAGAACCAUAAAAGAUAAUGCUGAUACAUCUACAACAUUUGUUGCUCAACAUUAUGAUACCAAUUUAAAAAAGAUUACUAACUUUCAAAGAGCUGAAAAAGAUUUUGCUAAUAAGUUGGGAAAUGUUACAGCAAUAAUGAAUUUAGUAGAACGACUCAACAAGUUUGUGUGUGUCACACAUUUGAUAAACAAUGAAUUUUAUAAAUCAUAUCACUGGAACAUUAUUGAGCAAGUUGGAUUUUCUUCGAUAGAUUGCGUUUCUCCUCAAAUAAUGGAGUUGAUUGAAAAUAAUGAACUAUAUUUAAUACCAAAAGGAGGUAUUGCAAUUCAUAUUUAUAAGAACUGUGAAACAUGUGAAAGUAUCAAUGAGGUUAACAGAAUAAAUAAAACUACCUCUAUUGUAGACCAUGGAUUAGUGUUUUGUUCUUUGCCAUUGCCCAUGAUUACCAACUUACCAGUUUUUAUUAAUGGUAAUUUUGUUUUGGAAUAUGAAACACGACGAUGUCUUAGCCUAAGUGUUCCUGAUUCGGUUGAUUUUAAAUGGAAUAAAACAAUAAUUCAGCAUUGUAUUGUUCCAUGUUACCUAGAAUACAUAACACAGCAGGCGUCUAAACUUUCAAAAUAUUUUGAUGAUUUGGAAAAACAAAAUAAUAAGAUAAGAAAAUUUUAUAACAUGUUUCCUAAAUCUGACAAUAAUAUACACAACAAUUUAUUAAUGAAUUUUUUUUUUCAAGCAAUAUCGGACCAUAAUCUUUCAGUAUUAUUAGUGCUAAAUGAAAACAAUGGCGAACCUAGGGUUGAUUGUGUUUCAUCUAAAGAUUUUUUGAUAUAUGAACCUAAAGAAGAUGUUUUCUUUUCUUCAACAGCAAGGUUUUAUAAAGAGGUUUUCUCUUCAACAAAAAGUCCCAAAAGGUCUCCAUUACUAUUGAUGUUGCAACAACUAUUUAUUCCGUGUGAUUUAUUACCAGAACAUAUUAAAGAGGGUUUUGUUCAGAUUGAAACCCCACUUAAAGUGUGCACUCCAAACGUCAUUUUGAAAUUAUUGUGCGAAUUAGCAUUUAAAAUUCUGCCUAAAAAUUCUAAACACUGGGAUGUGGCAAAAACAAGAUUUAGAGAUAAAAAAAAUGUAAAAAUGGUUUUGGAGUAUUGUUUGUCUAAAGAAACAAAAAAAUGUAGCAUUGACGAACAAAAGAAAAUGUCAAGAGCAUUAUUUUCUCCAUCAGUAGAUGGAGAAAAUAAUGCUCCAGCAAUAGAAUUAAAUGGUUUACCUUUGUGUUUAUGUGCAGAUGGCAGUGUUACUCAUUUUUCUAAACAAAAUCCAAAGUUUUUAACUGAGUACAGUUGUUUGUUUAAAGAGUUUGCCAAUGAGUUUGUAGAUAACGAAUUUGUUAAUAUUCUUAAUGAAUACAAAGACUGUGAUUGUUUCAAAGAAUUUUCAAUUAAAGACUUUGUAAAGUUUUUACCUGAAGUUUUAACAAAAGAGAAGUUUUUUGAUAUCAUUAUUGAGGUUAAUUUAGAAAAAGAUAAAAGUAUUUUGGGGAAAGACUUUAUUUGGUUUAAAAAUGCAUGGCGUUUUCUUGCUGAAGUUGAAAAUGAAAAAUCUGCCAAGUGGUUACAUAGCGAUGUAAAGCCAUGGUCCUUAUUAAUUGUAAAGUCUGGUGAUAAGUCAUUUGUUUUUCCUAUUGAAAAAAGUAAAAGCGUUUUACAGUUACAAAAUGUUCAUAGUAGUUUUGAAGAGCUAUCCGAAAUACUGAAAAAAUAUUUUGGGGUUUUUGAAAGUGAUUAUAUUGAAGAUAAAAAAUCUACUAGUAAAACAAAUAAUAGGUCAGAAUUAGGAUCAAUUGAAAAAAUUAAGGAAUUUCUAUAUUCUAUGGAUUUGGCUAAAAAAAUUUUUGGUAACAUUGAAGAACCAUCAGACUUGGUUAAUGCAUUGACUUUUUCAUUCAACAAUGGAAAAUGGAACAAAUACAGUGAAAAAGAAGCUAAUACAGUUUUAAAACAAUUUUCUUCUCCAAAUAAAUAUCUAGAGCCAUUCGUUAUAGACAGUUUAAAAAAUUUGCCUCUUUUUUUGUCUAUUAAUAAUGAUUUUCUGCCACUUAAAACAGAUAAGUUUGUCCUUGUUACUGAGCAUGUUCUUUUUGAUGGUUUAGGGGAUUUACUCAAAGGGAUUACAUUUCUAAAAUAUAUUGAUGAAAAUAUUAAAAGUCUGUAUAUAUCACUUGGUUCUGAUUGCAUUAACAGAAUUGAGUUCUACAAAAUAUAUGUAGUUCCUAAUUUUGAUAGAAUUAAUGAAUUUUCAAAAGACAAACAUAUAGAUUUUAUACAAAGCAAGUUUGGAUAUUUAUUUGGAAAUGAUAAAGAUCAGUGGAUUAAGUUAUUAAAAUCACUUAAGUUUGUGAAAAACUGUAAUGAAAAACGAAUGUUCUGUUCAGAACUUUAUGAUCCAACUAAUCCUUUAUUUGAUAAAAUAUUUCAAAAAAAUAAAUUUCCAAUGCCAAAAUAUUGUGAUGAAUGGACUAGUAGUGAAAAUUCUGAAUGGCUUCUUUUUUUAAAGGAGAAUGGUUUGAUAAAUAUAAUUUCUAAAGAUAUUUUUAUCUUACUUGCCAAGGAAAAUGAAAAGCUUGAAGAUUUGAAAUUGUUUAACGAUGUAUCAAAAGAGUUGAUUAAUCACCUUAAUCAUUUGUUUACUUUAGAUUUAUAUGAAAAAAUAAAAAAUAUAAAAUUUGUUACAUCUGUAAAAAUGAAUAAAGUUAGAGAAAACUUAUGUCCUAGCGUGAAUUCAACUUGUAAAAAAAUUUGCUUUAAUGGAUCUGUUUUACAUGAAUCUCGAGAUUUAUUUUGGACAAAAAAGCCAAUUUUACCAAAAUACUUAGAUCAAAAUUUAACUUCAAAUUUAAAAAAGUUUCAGCAAUAUGAGCCUGAUGUGAUUGUAGAUCAUGUAAAAAAUGUUUUAAAUUCUAACCAAUUGUCACAAAAAAGUAAGACACAAAAGUUGAUACCUUCUGAACUUGUUGUAUCAUUUCUUACUAUUUUUAAACAUAUUUAUUCAUACUUUUUAUCUUUAAAAAACUUAAAAGAUAUUAUUUCAAAAUUAAAAUCUAUGAGCAUUAUUCUUGUUUCAAAAAAUACAUGUUUAGAAGUUCCCCAUAAAGCUUUGCUGUUUGAAGAAGGGAGUAUUUCACCCUAUUUAUGCCCAGUAGAUGUUUCUUCUUUAGGUCAUUAUUUUAAGCUUUUUGAGGAAGUAGGAUGUCAUUCUAAACCUUCUUCAUUAAUUUAUAUGCAAGUUUUAAAAAAUUUAAAAGAAGAAAUUAAUGAAAAUACUUUGAACCCUAAUGACUUAAAGGUUGCUUCAAGUGCAAUGCGUUAUUUAUCUGACAUGCUUCAAAGAGAUUCACUUUUGCCAGUUGAUUCAAAACUUUAUUUACCAACAUAUAUAUUUAUUAACAAAGAAAAAAAUUGUAAUUAUUUAACUCUUUCUUCAAACAUCAUAGCAAUGUCAGAUUUAUGCUAUGCAGAAAGAUUAAAAAACUUUCAAGAACCUAUUCUCUUUAGUGACAAAAAUGAUAAAAUUCAACCUGGAACAAGUGAAGUUUUGAUGAAACAUUUACCAUUAGACAUUCGACCUAAAAAUAUAAGAGAUGUGUUAAAUGAAGAAAUAAUUUCAGAAAUAAAUCCUAUAACUAUUCCAUCAGGCCAUAUCAGCAAAGACAUGAAAAAACGUUUGAAAGCUCCAGAAUUUUUAACUGCAUUGCAGCGCCUAAUAAAGCAUGACUCUAUAUCAAGAUCGAUUGAUACUAAUUCAAACAAUACUAUUGAAACAGUUACAAAUAUUUUGCAGCACUUUAAUGUUGUUGUUGUUCCGAAAAUUGAAACAAAGCUCAGGUUUCUUCCCAAGAAUACUUUGAUUGAUGAAAGUAAUUCUGAUUGCAAUGUUUUCUUAUGGAAAUCAAAAAGUGAAGUUACAUUGUAUUUAGCUUCGAUUUUAGAAAAAGAUGAUUCAGACAAAAUUUAUACAUAUCUAACUACCCACUUAAUGAAGUAUUUGGGAUUGUCGUCUAAUGAACCAACUCUAACAUUAUUACUUUUUCAAAUGUUUCAUUACCCAUUACGACGUUUGUUGUCGAUAUUAAAUGAUUAUAAAAUUUAUCAUGAUUUUUCAAAUAUAUCUUUCUUAAACCAUGGCCAGCUUCCAUUGCCUGGUGACAAGGUACCUUUAGAAUUCCAUCCAUUACUUAGUAAUGAAUAUUUUGAAUUUGAGAUUGAUGAUUAUGCAGCUCUAGAUGUUGGUGGUGAAGACGAGAGAGAAUUUAUUUAUGUGCUUAUAAAAAAAAAACCUUUAGGAUGUUUUAGCAAUAUAAAUAGUGAGUAUGAAGUACAAGAGAGUCCUGAUGGGAUGCUGGUUAAAAGGAGAUCUUUUUUAUUAUAUGGGUUUAGUAGAAAUCUAAAUCCUGGUUUGAGGAAAAGAAUUGAUUCAUUAGGUGUGGCAUUAGUUUCUGGAACAGAAAAUAUAGAUGAAGACUUGGAUAACUUGGAGGAAGAUUUUGGAGAUGUUGAAGAAAUAUGUCACUUAAUAAAAGAAGAGCUGAAAAAUCUUGCCAGUUUAUCUUCAGAGGAUAAAAAGAAAGUCAUUCGUAGACUUUAUUUAAGAUGGCAUCCAGAUAAACACGCUUUGAAAAACAAAGAUAAGGCCACUAAAAUAUUUCAGUUUUUACAGAAAUGUAUCAACAUGUCAGAAGAAGGAAUGUCCAAUAGUUUUAGAAAAUGGUCCUCAGAAGCCUCAAGGGAUAGAAACAACUUUAAGAACUACUUCAAGACAUUUAAUAAAAGUGAUUUUUACAACAAUUGCCAAAGUUCUCACAGCUGGGUUCCUCCUUCGUUUAAAAAAAAAAAUCCACAACCUGGUGAGGCAAAAAGAUGGCUUCGACAAGCGAAAGUUGAUUUGGAUUGUGCAGAAAAAGAAAUAUGUUUUGAAUGGAAAUGCUUUAAAUCUCAUCAGGCUGCCGAAAAGUCAUUAAAAUCUGCCCAAUAUUUAAUUGAUUUUAAAAGUAUCAAGUCAUGCUCACUAAUUGAAAAUGCUAGAGGUUUGGACGCUCAAUUGCAAAAUUGGGCUUCUGAGUUGGAAUAUCUUGUUGGUUCCUCUUUAAAACUGAGAUACCCAGAUCAAUGGAGGUAUCCGAAGAUUCCUCAUGAAAGUUAUAACUCUGAUCAAGCAGAUAAAUCAUUAGAAAUUGCAAAACACAUUUAUAAAAAUGUUCAACGUAAGCUAGAUGAAGAACAAGCUGGUUGCUAAAUUAAACUUGCUUACGAAAAUGACAAUGAUUUUUCUUAUUUGUUGUUGUUUUUUUUCCAUUUUGAAUUUAAAAUGUAUGCGUUUUUUAAUCAUAUCAAAUAAUCUACGAUUUACUCAACUUUGAGUCUAAUCUAAUCA